AUGCUUCAGGAACUUUUUGCCGAGAUUAAUGAUUACCUUGGAGAUAGCCCAAAACCAACUCAAACGGGAAAUGUGCCUUCAUCCACCAUCACCACCAACGAGUACCCCAUCGACAAUAAUGACGCACCACCCAUCUUGUUGGAGUCAGAUGACGAAGGCGAAAAACAUGAAAUUGAAGCCAGAACACCACAAAGCGCAUCGUACGAUGAUUAUGAUGUGUGUCCCGUCACCGAAGAUAGACCUUCUGUUUGUAUAUGCUACAAGUGCAAUCGUGCACGGCGUCGUGAAAACAACACGCCACUCUACGACCAAAUGGAGCUCCCCAAAGAACGUGUCACACCUACACGAUCACAGAGUACUAUUAUUGAUAGUAGGAACGGAACGAGCUAUGGUGGUAUCAGCUUUGGAUGCAUUGCCGACCGAGUCAAGCAAACAUUUGGCAGCAGCACGGAUCACAAGAGUGGUAGUACAAGUACUAAAAAUGAUAAGCCUGCACGACGAUGGAUAUCUCGACCCAAGAGUUUACCUUCUUUAAAGUCGACGUUUGGAAUGACUGAAGGGGGGAAAUCUUCUCCUCAAGCUGAUAUCGUCAUGGCAACAUCCUCAUCAACCGGUUACAAGCAACAACCAUCGUCUUCUUUUCACUAUCAACAACAACAACAAUAUGAGGUGCCAGCUGAAGACCCGUAUCAAGAACAACCAGCACAUGCCGUUAUGGCUUCAACCGGUUUACAUGAACAGCAACUGCCCUUUUUGACACCAUCAGCUCGUACCGGUAAUGAGCAUGUAGCGCUUCGAAUGGCCGAAUCAAGAAGUAUUCCCAGCCGACAAGAUCGCAUGAUGGCUUACACCAAUGCGUAUCAUGAUUGUAUCAUGGCACGUACCAACAUAAUCCCAUGGUUGACCAAACAAUAUAGUAAAGGCCCUCCCGAUGCCAUGUUUGAAUACACACCCAAACCACGCAAAGUGGGCAAGUCGAUUCUAUCCAUCUUUAAAAGGUGUGCAGAAAAGCAGCAGCAGCAACAGCAGCAUAAACAACAACAACAGCAUAUGCAACCUAUAUCGACCUAUAUUGUUAGCACAAAUACACCAUCGCCGUUGCCAUCUCAACAACAACAACAGCCGUCGUCAAGUGACCCAGGUCUUGCUUACAGUAGUAGCAGUAGUAGCAGCAAUGAUACCACGCCCAUCAGUGUCUUGGGAAGCACCAACACCAACAACAACAACAAUAGCCAUAUCAGUACCAGCAGUGGUAGUAGCAUCAGUAUCCAUCAUGAGACAACGCCUUCACCUUCUUCAUACGGCAACCAAAUGAUCAUGGAUGAUCCUUGUUCCUCGUCUCCUUCCCUCAUGUUGGCUCCUUCAUCAUCGACAGGCCAUACGAAACAAAAACAACCUGUAUCGAUAUUGAAGAAGACACGUUCAUCCACCUCAUUACCACCACCUCAAUCCAUGGAACAAGAUUAUCCACCACGAAGUCGACUUUUACGUGCAAGACGCCAUUGUAGCAUGUAUGCUCCUCCUCAUCCUCCACCCCUCCCACCCCACUUGAUGGAUGAUUUGUAUGAUCAAGAUGAUUAUUAUGAUGGAUUGGAUGAUGAUGAUGAUGAUGACGAGUACUAUUAUCGUGGGUAUAGUCGACAAUCACUGCCUCCACCUCCACCAGUGGCCGCCAUGAAGUAUGAAGAGGAUGGUCCCUACUAUGAUGAUAGCAUGGAUGAAGAAGAUGAAGAAGAGGCAUACUAUGAUGAUGUGGAUGAUCCAUACUAUUACAACAACAACAGCAGCAGCAGCAGACGACGCAUGUUGUCCCGUGCAAGACCCCCUCCAUUGACACGCAUGUUACCACCUCCACCACAACCACCCAUGAUGCGAAGAAGAAGGAGUUUAUAUAUGGAUGAGCCACGACGACGUUUACGAUCCACAAGACGCGUCUAUUGUUGA